CUUGUAUAUUAUAUAUUAAUUAUAAAUUUAAGUAUACUAUAUGUAUAUUUCCACACUCUUGAGGAGCAGUGUAUUACAUUACACAUACUUUUGAAAUUUAUAUUCACUACAUGUCAUGUGCUGCCAUGUGCUCCAUCAAAUUUUAAUUACGUUUCUCUUAAAUCUUAUAUUUAGACCUUUCUGAAACUGCGUCUUAUUUGUGUGACAUAAUUGCUUAUAGACUUAAGUUUAUGCGAUUCAAAUGUUGAAUGAGAAAAAAGCAUUCGACUCCACAUGUUCGUUCAGCGGCACUUAACCUACACCGGCGUCUGACUGUAAUUGUGUUGAAUUUUAUCAACAUCUGAUUUAUACAUAUAAUACAACCAGUAAAGAACAUUUCACAUUAUGAGUAAACAAUUCAGACCUUCGUUUCAAAUGUCUGUGAGACAUUUGGAUCCAAAACAGUUAAUGUUUUCAAUUUUCACUGUGGAUGAUAUCAGAAAUUUGAGUGUAACUAAAAUCAGUACACCCUUGUCGUUUAAUGUUCUGGGGCAUCCAUUAAGAGGAGGACUCUAUGAUCCAACAUUAGGACCUUUGGAUGAAAAAUCAGAUCCAUGUGGGACAUGCGGGGGCAAUAACAUGAAGUGCCCUGGACACUUUGGCCAUAUAGAUCUACCAAUGCCUGUUGUGAAUCCACUUUUUCACAAAGGAUUAUAUAUGCUAAUAAAAUUAUCAUGCUUAUCAUGUUUCACAUUGCAAGUGCCAAAACAUAUAAAGCUAUUACUCUCUGCAAAACUGAAGCUUCUCCAAGAAGGAUUUCUUGGCGAGAUUGAUAAUUUGGAACAUGAAGUAUUAUCAGUAGUUCCUAGUACACAUGAACUUCAAGAUGGAGAAUUAGAAUAUGUGCAGCAAGUUAUUAAUGCAUAUAUACAGAAUCUAUAUAAUAGAGAAAGAUUUAAUUUAAACAAUUCAGGAAUGGCAUUAGAUAGCUUCAAUACUAAAAAUAACAACGUUCAAUGGCAUACACUCGUCGACAAAGCCCUGAAACAAUUUACUGCUGGCAAAAUAUGUGUAAACUGUCGCCAACCAAUCCUUAAGAUCACAACGCUCAAGAAUAAAAUUAUGACCAUUAAACAUGCCAACACCAGCAUGGAUGAGUCAGAUGCUCGUGUUACGACGCAUAAGCUAGAAAAUGUUUUUAUAAUGCCAGACCAAUCGAAGGAAUACUUGCGGCAACUAUGGCAGAAUGAAAAAGAUACUUUAAAAGUUAUUCUACCAUGUCUGGGUACGAUAAACCUGGAAUUUCCUACUGACGUAUUUUUCUUUGAAGUAAUACCUGUACUACCACCUAUAGUCAGGCCUGUUAAUUUUUUGAAUGGUCAAAUGAUAGAACAUCCACAGUCUCAAGUCUAUAAGGCUAUCAUUCAGGAUUGCUUGGUUCUCAGAAAUAUUAUACAGACUAUUCAGGAUGGAGAUACGAAUAAAUUACCAGAAGAAGGACGGAUCGUAUUUGAACAAAUAAAAGGAAGCACUGCAGUAGAAAAAUUGCAUAAUGCUUGGCAGACACUACAAGCAAAUGUGGAUCAUUUAAUGGACCGUGAGCUCAGUCGAACUACAGAAUCCGCCAAUUGUCAAGGACUAAAACAAGUUAUUGAGAAAAAAGAGGGUAUCAUUCGUAUGCAUAUGAUGGGUAAAAGGGUCAAUUUUGCAGCUCGUUCUGUUAUCACGCCUGAUCCAAAUUUAAAUAUCGAUGAGAUUGGUAUACCGGAAGCAUUUGCUCUAAAGUUAACAUAUCCUGUGCCUGUGACUCCUUGGAACGUAACUGAAUUGCGUCAAAUGAUUCUGAAUGGACCUGACGUGCAUCCUGGCGCAGUAAUGGUCGAAAGCGAAGAUGGUUUUACAAAUCGUAUUGAUGGAAAUAAUACAACUCAAAAGGAAGCGAUAGCGAAGCGCUUGCUGACAACAAGUGGAAAGGCAAAUAAAUUUUUCCAAGGUAUUAAAAUAGUGCAUCGACAUUUAAUUAAUGGUGAUAUUCUAUUGUUGAAUCGUCAACCUACUUUACACAAGCCAAGUAUAAUGGCUCACAAGGCACGGAUACUCAAAGGCGAGAGGACCUUGCGUCUCCACUACGCUAAUUGUAAAGCUUAUAAUGCUGAUUUUGAUGGCGAUGAAAUGAAUGCACAUUUUCCGCAGAACGAACUCGCACGGAGCGAAGGAUAUUUCAUAGCUAAUGUAUCGAAUCAGUAUCUUGUACCAAAAGACGGAACUCCUUUAAGUGGUUUAAUUCAAGAUCAUAUGAUUUCCGGAGUUCACCUAACAAAGAGAGGGCAGUUUUUCACAAGGGAUGAUUAUAUGCAACUGGUUUAUUCAGCGUUAUCAGUUGUACAAGGGGAAUUAGUAUUGCUUCCACCAGCUAUUAUAAAACCAAUUCCUCUUUGGUCCGGAAAGCAAAUUGUAUCGACUGUCAUUAUAAAUAUUACCCCUCGUGGUCAAGCUAGGAUUAAUUUGAGUGCUGGUGCCAAAAUAAAUGCGAGAGAAUGGCAAAUUAGAAAACCGCGACGCUGGAAAUGUGGUGUCGAAUUCAAAGAUCCCAAAACUAUGUCUGAGGCUGAAGUCUUUAUUCGUGGUGGAGAAUUACUUUCUGGUGUCUUGGAUAAAACUCAUUACGGAGCCACUCCUUACGGUCUUGUACACUGUAUUUUUGAACUUUAUGGAGGAUCUUGUUCUAGUAAAUUACUAAGUGCUUUUGGCAAGCUCUUUCAAGCUUUCUUGCAAAUACACGGUUUUACCUUGGGAAUUAAAGAUAUUCUGAUCCUGCCAGAUGCUGAUAAAAAACGCAAAAAUAUCAUUAACAAAUCCAGGAAGAUAGGAGAGGAAUUACAAAAAGCUGUUCUUGAAUUACCAGAAGAUACGCCAAUGGAGGUGGUAACAGCAAAAAUGGAAGAAAACUAUGGAACAAAUCCGAAGUUCCGCACUCAGGUCGAUAGGAAGUACAAAACUGCUUUAGACGUUUUUACAAAUGACAUUAACAAAACAUGUUUACCAUCCGGUCUUCUGAAAAAAUUCCCAGAAAACAAUUUACAACUGAUGGUUCAAUCUGGAGCUAAAGGUUCCACCGUGAACACUAUGCAGAUAUCCUGCUUACUGGGACAAAUUGAAUUAGAAGGGAAGCGUCCACCCUUAAUGAUUAGCGGAAAAAGCUUACCAAGCUUUCCCGCCUUUGAUCCAACUCCAAGAUCCGGUGGUUUUAUUGACGGACGUUUCAUGACAGGAAUUCAACCUCAAGAAUUCUUUUUCCAUUGUAUGGCCGGUCGUGAAGGUCUUAUCGACACAGCCGUAAAAACAAGUCGUUCGGGAUAUCUUCAGAGAUGUCUAAUUAAGCAUUUAGAAGGACUGGUUAUUAGUUAUGAUUCAACGGUACGAGAUUCAGAUGGUAGUUUAAUUCAAUUAUCCUAUGGAGAAGAUGGUCUAGAUAUUCCAAAGUCUCGAUUUUUGAGAAAGGAGCAGCUGGGGUUCUUGGUAGACAAUAAAGACGCCAUUAUCGAUCGUGAUCUAUUGCAACAUCUCAAAGAGACUUCAGAUGUGCAUAAGAUUUUAAAGUUAGUGAAGAAGAUACGCAAAUUUACCAAAACGAACAAUGGAAUUACCAAGAAGAGACGAGAAAGUGAAUUCACAAAGUUCUCUGCUACCGACUUUGGUAUCAAUCCGAUGAGAUAUAAGAAGAUUGACGAAAAUACUGGCAGAAGUAAAGCUGCUUUGUCUAUAAUGAAGAGGUGGCUAAAGUCUGAUCCAGAAGUGAAAAAUUCAUUCAAAUCACAGUGUGUUCAGUGUCCUGAUCCCGUGACAUCGAAAUAUAGACAAGAUUUGGAAUAUGGUGUUCUCAAUGAAAAUAUCGAGAGCCUUAUAAGUGAUUAUAUGUCAGAUAAUAUUGGCAAAGCUUCUGCUGUUAUCAACAAAAAGGAAUUAAGAGAUCUCCUUUGUGUAAAAGUAAUGAAUACACUUUGUCCACCUGGUGAACCAGUGGGUUUAUUAGCAGCACAAUCCAUUGGAGAACCUUCUACUCAGAUGACAUUAAACACUUUCCAUUUCGCUGGUCGUGGUGAGAUGAACGUUACACUGGGUAUUCCGCGAUUAAGAGAGAUUCUAAUGAUGGCUUCGAAGAACAUUAAAACUCCAAGCAUGGAAAUUCCUUUCAAAAAGGACUUACGUAAUGUGACAAGACAAUCUAACAAGUUAAGACAGAAGUUAACGAAGUGCGUGGUAUCAAAUGUACUGAGAAAUAUAAAAGUGGAAAGAAAAAUUGAGACUUGCCCUCAGCGGCAACUCACGUAUAGCUUGACCUUUGAGUUUCUACCCCAUAAAAGUUACAAGGGUGAAUUCUGCAUUAAUCCAAAACACAUCCUAGAAAAGACCGAAAAACUAUUCUUCACGGUAAUGUUCCGAGAGAUCAAGAAAAUUGCAAAGCUAUCAGGAACGACAAUGUUACAUUUUGAGGAAGAUAGAAAACGCACCAAUGAAGAGGAUAGUAGACUUGACGAUGAUGAUCCAGACGAUGAUCUAUCUUCAAAACCAAAUCCUCGUUCAGACCUGGGUGAAUUGCACGAAUCUUCUGAUGAAGAUGAAGCUGCUGAGGAUGCGGAUGCUACUGCAGCAAGAACAAUGUCUAGGCAUAAAGAGAAUCAAGAGUAUGAAGAUCCCGAAGAAGAGGAAGUGGAAGAUGCUGCUAAUGAAAAUGCUGAUGAAUCGCAGUUUGUUGAAAAGACAAAGACUACACAGAAGGAAGAAGAAGAAGAAGAAGAGGAAGAUAAAGAUGAUGAAGACCCAAUGGCUGAUAUAAAAAGUGAUCAGAAAAAAAGAGAUGUUAUAAAUAUGUAUCCGAAUGUCACAGAAUAUGAUUACGAUAAUCAGAAACACGUAUGGUGUAAGCUUACUUUUUGGUUACCAUUGAAACUCACUAGACUAGACUUGUCUACUGUAUUAAGAAACGUGGCAGAUAAGGUAGUACUGUGGGAAACACCCUGUAUAAGACGUGCUUUUACAUUCCAAAAUUCAAAUGGUGAAACGAUCCUCAAAACAGAUGGUUUAAAUAUAGUGGAAAUGUUCAAAUACAACAAGAUACUCGACCUGCAAAAGCUUUAUUCCAAUGACAUUUACGGAAUUUCACAAACGUACGGUAUCGAAGCAGCGAAUAGAGUUAUAGUCAAGGAAGUAAAAGACGUGUUCAAAAUGUAUGGAAUUACUGUGGAUAUGAGACACUUAUUAUUAAUUGCUGAUUAUAUGACUUUCGAUGGAAAUUAUCAGCCACUUAGUCGUAAAGGAAUGGAAGAUUCAGCUUCGCCUUUGCAACAAAUGAGCUUUGAAAGUUCUUUGAAUUUCUUAAAAAAUGCAACUCUACAAGGAAAACAAGAUGAUCUUGUUUCUCCAUCAAGUCGAUUAAUGCUGGGUCAGCCUUGUAGGUCAGGAACUGGAGCAUGCUCUUUAUUGAUGAAGAUGCAGUCUGACAAGUUUGCAACAAAUUAUAUGUCCGUGGGUGGCUGAUUUACUAUUAUUGAUAUGGAAUCUCUCAUAGUUUACGGCAGGCCAAGGAUAGGGACACCUUAACAUUGUCACUGAUCACGAGUUCGAGAG